CUAUUUCUAGAAGUUCUUCUACUUUGAAAUCCACCUCAUAUCUCUGAAGUUAAAGAGACUUCUUUCCAAUUUACACAUUUGUCCCUCUCCUUUAAACUCGUAGUUACAACCAAAUCCAAGUGUCAUUAUCUAAUUCGGUCUACCUGUUUCUAACAAACCUUGCAGGAAGUCUAGUGGGUCAAAAGAAAGUAGCUACGGUACAAAUCGUAGCCCGUGGCUGCCUCUUCUACAAAUCGUAGUCUCGUCCCUCCCUCUCUGGAACCAGACAUCGCCCAUUUUUAAUUUAAAAAUCCAUAGCUUCUCUGUUCAUUUAGAUCCGUUUUCAGAUUUCAGACUCAUAGGCACGCGCAUUUUGACCAUUGACGAAUUAGAUAUAUAUAUAUAUAUAACAUUAUCAGACUAAUCACAUGCAUACGCUUACAUCUAAGCUCGCGUUUCAAUUUAUUGUCCAUGGAUUCUCUCAAGGUUGAAGAAGAAGGUACUGGUUCUAGAGCAGUAGAGGAUGCUGCUGUUGCUUGUACUACUUUUCCGCCGAAUGGAAGAUCGGAGAUGGAGUUGACUCAGACAAACAAGGAAGUGAAGAAGAAGAGGAAUAAGAAGUGGAAGAGAAAAUAUUCUUAUUUGCCAAGAAUUGGAUGCUUGAGAAUAGAAGAAGAUGAGGAAGGGAAUUUUGAUGCGGAGGUGGAAAAUGUCGGAGAGCCUGCCAAUCCGGUUCACUUGGUAGUUAUGGUCAACGGCUUGAUGGGCAGCGCUCAGAAUUGGAAAUUUGCUGCCAAGCGGUUUCUGAUACACUAUCCCCGAGAUAUUAUUGUUCACUGCAGCAAAGCUAAUUCGUUAACAUUGACAUUUGAUGGUGUUGAUGUAAUGGGGGAGAGAUUAGCAGAAGAGGUUAUAUCAGUGAUAGAGCGUCACCCCUCUGUAAAGAAGAUAUCAUUCAUAGGCCAUUCUUUAGGUGGGUUGGUAGCAAGAUAUGCCAUCGCUAAGCUCUAUGGACGAUAUCCUGCAAAGGCACAUUCUCAAGGAAAUGGAGAUUGUAAAGGGGAGGUGUAUGGAGAUAGAGAUAUGGAGCAGGAUAAAAGCAGAAUUGCUGGAUUGGAGCCUAUGAAUUUCAUAACCUUUGCUACUCCACAUCUUGGUUCAAGGGGGCAUAAACAGGUCCCCAUGUUUUGUGGCUUUCACACUCUGGAAAAAGCAGCUUCUCAUAUUUCAUGGUUUCUUGGUAAAACUGGAAAGCAUUUGUUCUUGACUGAUGGGGACAAUGGAAAACCUCCUCUUCUUCUUCAAAUGGUUAGCGAUUGUGAAGAUCUUAAAUUUAUGUCUGCUUUGCAAUCUUUCAAGCGUCAUGUUGCCUAUGCAAAUAUACGUUUUGACAGUCUUGUGGGAUGGAGCACAUCAUCUUUACGGCAUCAGAAUGAACUUCCAAAGAAAAAGAAUCUUUCAAGAGAUGAGAAAUAUCGCCAUAUAGUACAUAUGGAAACAGCAAAAAGUUCUAGCCCCCAACAAGAAUUACCUUUGGACGCCAAAGUUGAUGAACACAAAUCUAUCGACAUGGAAGAACAAAUGAUCCAAGCAUUGACGAAACUGAACUGGGAACGAGUUGAUGUUAAAUUCAACGGAUACAAACAAAGAUUUCUUGCACAUAAUACUAUUCUGGUAGCGAGGUACUGUCUGUAUUCUUCUGGAGCUGACGUGGUCCAACACAUGAUUGACAACUUUCUUCUAUAAAGGUGCAAAUUUGUUGUAUUAUAUAAAUUAGUUAGUGCUUUUGCGACGACCCAUUAAUUGAAUCCUGAAAAGGGUACUUCUUGAUGAUCUCAUUGUGUGGUAAGAAGCUAAAAUGAGACAGAGCAGAGUGGAAGCCCUUGUAAACAGGUCUAUUGUACAAGUCCUUCCUCCAGUGUAAACUUGCAGGAUAGAAAGGGAGAGAAAAAUGAGAGAGGAGUUUGCAGGAAUUGUUUAUUAGCAAAAUUCAUGUCAUAUUCAAAAAAAUAAAAAAUAAAAAAUAAAAAUCCAUCUAACAUUUUAUUCCU